AUGUUCAGCCGAGUGCACACAUUGGCCCGUAUAAGGGUGGUCACUUUCGGUCUCAAUAUACCCGAGCUGUAUUAUAUAUUCUUUACUACCUUUUCGGGCACCGGUAGUAUAGUACCAUUUUUACGCCAAUCCAGUUCUGGUUCGCAUACUAGCCCAGAUAUGAGGGCAGUUAGUAUAAUGCCCCCUGGCUCUCCAGAAAGUGUGAGACCUAGUCUUUUAGAAAAGGGUUUCGUGUCGGCCCACGAAAAACGCUUUCUAAAGCCAAUCAUUGAUGAACUACUUGGCCUAAAUCACCCAGCGCCCAUUGCCCCAGCUCAAUUAAACGUGGACCUGGCUCAACUGAUCAGGGGCGAUUGCAAGCACCCAAUUGCCGCAAAUUAUAGACAAACUAUGAAGUCAUUGAAUGUCGAUUUGAAAGAGUUUAUGGUUUAUGACCCACAGGUCGGAGGUCACCCGGAGGUUAAGCUUGGCAAUAUCAUGGAGGUGACCAUGGGCACAAUUGUAGAUGGUGUUUGCGCUGGUGAUUUUAUUUACACCGUUAACACGUAUAUCCCGACCGAUGCAAACGCAUGUUCAUCAGGGGCACUCAAAUCAUUGAAUGUGACCCAGAUGCAAGUUACAAUCACUGGUUGGGAUAAGCAAGGUUAA